UUCACAACAGUCUUUUAAAUGUAAACACCUGUGGAAAGGAUUUUAAGUAUAAGUCACAUCUUCUGAGACACAUGAGAAUACACACAGGUGAGAAGCCGUAUCUUUGCAGAACCUGUGGGAAAAGAUUUAGUACAGAUUGCUCCCUGAAACUGCAUCAAAGAAUCCACACAGGUGAGAAGCCGUACCUUUGCAGAACCUGUGGGAAAAGAUUUAGUAGAGAUGGCUCACUCAAAAUGCAUCAAAGAAUUCACACAGGUGAGAGGCCAUAUGUUUGCACAACAUGUGGGAAAGCUUUCACACGUGGAUAUCCUUUGAAACUACACAGACGCAUCCACACAGGUGAGAGGCCGUACCUUUGCAGAACCUGUGGGAAAAGAUUCAUUGCAGAUGGCUCACUGAAAAAGCAUCAAAGAAUUCACACAGGUGAGAAGUCGCAUGUUUGCACAACAUGUGGGAAAGCUUUCACACAGGGAUAUCAUUUGAAAGUACACAGACGCAUCCACACAGGUGAGAAGCCGUAUCUUUGCAACACCUGUGGGAAAAGAUUUCGUAGCAAUGGCUCAUUGAAAAUACAUCAAAGAAUUCACACAG